GAGAACCGGGGCUCGCCGCGAGCCUUCGAGAGCAGCGGCCGCAAAGGAGGCGGCAAGCAACGGCUGGCGGGAGCGGCGGCUGCACAGUCUCGGGGCUAACCCGGCGCGCAUCCUUGGGCGCCCUGCGCUAAAGAGAGCUCGGUGGGUCGCGGGAGCCGCAGGACAGGGGUGGACAAAGCAAGAUGGCAGGAAUCUUAGCCUGGUUCUGGAACGAGAGGUUUUGGCUCCCGCACAAUGUCACCUGGGCGGACCUGAAGAACACGGAGGAAGCCACCUUCCCGCAGGCUGAGGACCUCUAUCUCGCCUUCCCACUGGCCUUCUGCAUCUUCAUGGUGCGACUUAUCUUCGAGAGAUUUGUAGCCAAACCGUGUGCCAUAGCCCUCAACAUUCAGGCCAACGGACCACAGAUUGCCCAGCCGAAUGCCAUUUUGGAAAAAGUCUUCACUGCAAUUACAAAGCAUCCUGAUGAGAAGAGAUUAGAGGGCCUCUCCAAGCAACUGGACUGGGAUGUCCGAAGCAUUCAGCGCUGGUUUCGACAACGACGCAACCAAGAGAAGCCCAGCACCCUGACCAGGUUCUGUGAGAGCAUGUGGAAAUUUUCAUUUUACCUCUACGUAUUCACCUACGGAGUCCGGUUCCUGAAAAAGACCCCGUGGUUGUGGAAUACAAGACACUGCUGGUACAACUAUCCCUAUCAGCCGCUCACAACCGACCUUCACUACUAUUACAUCCUGGAGCUGUCAUUUUAUUGGUCUUUAAUGUUUUCCCAAUUCACAGAUAUCAAAAGGAAGGACUUUGGCAUCAUGUUCCUGCACCACCUCGUCUCCAUUUUACUGAUUACUUUUUCAUAUGUCAACAAUAUGGCCCGAGUAGGGACCCUGGUCCUUUGUCUUCACGACUCAGCUGAUGCUCUUCUAGAGGCUGCCAAAAUGGCAAAUUACGCCAAGUUUCAGAAAAUGUGUGACCUCCUGUUUGUUAUGUUUGCCAUGGUUUUUAUCACCACACGGCUGGGUAUAUUUCCUCUCUGGGUGUUAAACACCACAUUAUUUGAGAGCUGGGAGAUCGUUGGACCUUACCCUUCCUGGUGGGUUUUUAACCUCCUGCUGUUGCUAAUACAAGGGUUGAACUGCUUCUGGUCUUACCUGAUUGUAAAAAUAGCUUGCAAAGCUGUUUCAAAAGGCAAGGCUGGGAAGUGGAACCCUUUACAUGUGUCCAAGGAUGAUCGAAGUGAUAUUGAGUCUAGCUCAGAUGAGGAGGACUCAGAACCUCCAGGAAAGAACCCCCACGCUACAACUACCAAUGGGACCGGUGGUACCAAUGGGUAUCUCCUGACCGGUCCUUGCUCCAUGGAUGAUUAAUUACUCGAAACUCUACAUCCCGAACAAAGUGAACUGUUUGCUCCUGGAAGUAUUUAAUAAGUUGCAAAUGCAGUUCCUUUCAUAAUAUCUCAGCACCAGAAACAAAAAUUAGGAUUAUCAAAGCAUUUUGAAUAGUGCACUGCCAUAUGUCCUGUUUGUGAAUGAAGAAGAAAUAUCAUUCUCUAUAUGUAGGCAUGCUGUAUGUAAUUGACACAAGGGAACAGUAUUUGCAUUUGUAAUGUCUUAGAAUAUUAUUUAUUUUUUGUAUUUGUUUGUAAAUCUGUGGACAAAAAAGGGUUUCCUCACUCCUUUUACUCUCCGGGUUCAUGACAGUGAAGGAGAUGCUCCAUCUGCUUCUACCCUUCUCUCUUGCUGUAGUCCAGUGUGCUGUGAGCCUCAGCUUAGUUUGUUACUUAGCACAAGCAAAACCCAGUGCAAAAUUAUCCAAGAGCUACAAAUAGGUUUGCUUUCUUUGUGUUACUGUACCCAUUUUGAAGUUGCCUAUACAGCUUGGUGACCAUUCUCCAGUGUAAAAUAUAAAGGAUGAACUAGGUUUUUAAAUUGUCACUCGUCAUGGUCACUUAGCAGUUCAAGUUAAAUGAGAUGUUAUUGGGGGACUUUUUUGAAUUUGCAUCAAAUAGCUUUGGAAUAGACUUCAUUUCUUGUGCACGCAGCCAAGAUUUCUUCACUGAGUGUUGUAGCCAUUUGAGCUUUAGCCUUGUAGUUUACAGUUUUUUACUCUCUGUGUUGAGGUGAAGGCUCUGAUGCAGAAGGAAGAUGUCUCCUUAAGCUCAUGGUUACAAAUAAAAAAAUCACUGUUAACCCUGGGAAUUUGUUCAGUGUUCUGGAUGUAAUGAAGAGAGCAACUGAUUUCAACCAGGUUUUGCCACUGCCCUUGUGAUUAGCACAGUCUUCUGUCACCUCAGGAGAAAAGAAGCCAAGUGUAUUUGGGGACAGAAAAAGGAGUCUUUCAAGAGUUGGUGAGGGCCACUUCCAAUGCAAAGCACUUUCUUACAAUCAGCUCUCAAGGAAAAGUCUAUCUGGUAUCUGACUUGAUGUUUUUAUUUUGCCAGGCAAAAUGAAGCCAAGGGAAGACUGGCCCUUUGCUUUUCUCCUUAACCCACAAUGACUUUCUUGUUUCUAGAAACUGGGCAGUGUUGCACUCCAAGUCCUUUUUAUUUGCUUCUUUGAAGACUUAUUUAUUUCCAAGAAUUUUAUUCACAUGGAGAUAUUCCCAGAAAGACGACAGAAAGUCUAUUUGGACAAUGGCAAUAUGAGUUAUGAGGAAAAUUACUGAAUUAUAAGUCUUCAUAAGCAUCCUCUAUAGCAGUGUUAUUUGUUUAUGGAUAACAAAUCAUACAUGUAAACCAAAGAUUUUAUCUCUUUUCUUCUAAAUUUUAAUAAGAGGAAAUACAAUGGGAUAGUAAAUACUUAUUUUACAAAUCAAAAAAGUCAUCACCUAAAACAGGAACCCAAGCAAAAAUUCAGUAAUAUGAAUGUGAGAAUCAGAGCACUGUGAAGACAAGAGCAAAACCUAGAGAGUGCAUGUCCGUUGCUCAGGACCAUUCACAUCUAACUCGUUUUUUUGAAAAACUUAAAUCUUUGUGCCCACAUUUUGCAACUUGUGAAUCUGUAGCUAAAGGAUAUUCCCCAAAACCUCUCACUGUAAUAUUAGAUCUUUCCCUUACAAUACUGUAUGUUCGUGGCAUGGUCCAUAGUAAUAACUGAAGAGGCUUGGAAGUAUGUCUGUUUGUAUAGGAACAGUGAACUAAUUCUGCUUGUGGAGCCUUGUCAUUUAAUUUUAUGGGACAGACAAAUGUCUAGGAGUGUAAUUUGUGGAUGGUUGAGAUUAUAAGACCAGUCAUAAAACACCUAAAUUACUUAGUCAUCAAAAUAUCUGCUCAAAAGCAGUUUAUAAGGAGUAGUAUCAGGUGUAGUGUAGCUGAAUUUUGAGAAGGUGGAAGUUUCUAAUCAACCAAGGCAUGGAACAUAUUCACCUGACUUUAGUGUCUGGGAAAGUCCUCUGCAUGGGUGGAAUGAACUCAAAAACUACCACAUUUCCCAGUUUGAACCAUAUGACACACUUCAGCACAGGAGAAUGGUUUCAGGAUCGGCUUGUAGAUUAAAGAUUUAGAAGAGAUGCAUAAGAUGAAGUAAAUUGAUUCCUGUCCUUAGCAAAGGCUAAUCUAAACAAUCUUUUGUUUUUCUCAGAAGUAACUUACAAGGAGGACUGGGGACACUCAGUCUUUCUGACUGAUGGGAUCAACUUAACACAGUCUUCCACAUGUCUAUAGAUUAUAUAUAUAUUAUAUGUAUAUAAUAUGUGUAUAUAUAUAUAUAUAAUAUAUAUAUGCUAGGGCAAAUUGUUCUUUUGGCUAAUUAAAAUGGAAUGGGUAGGCUUUCUAUGGUGUACAAAAUGUAUCUCUGUUCACUGCUCUCCUAUGUUGGCCUGAUAAGGCUUGAAGAACACUACAUGGGGUAUCUUAUUCACCUGUGCCAGGCCAUAGCUUUUGGAGGUGUAUUUUGUAAAUUCAGCUGUAGGUUAGUGAAAGUGUUGUUUCUCGUUAAUUAGCCUGUGGUGGUGUCUCCUUUCUCCUGGUCACAUUCAGACUUUCCCCAGGUACCAAGGAGUAUGUAGAAAGGACUCUAGAAAAAGUAAUAUUUUAAUCUCCAAUGUAAUAGCUUUUCUAGAUCUCUUAGUGGGGUGAAAAGUAGAAAAUCAAGUAGAAUUUGGCCUCGGGUUAAUAAAUGAUAUAAAAGUCUGUGAUUUGUUGUAUGUAUAUGUAUGUUUCUCCAAAAACUGAUAAAACCAAAAUAUUACGAAUUCAUCUUUAUCCAUAUUCUUGUCAUAAAAAUCAUCCACCAUGUACACUCUUCUCCUUUGGUCUUGCUCCCUACACAGCUGAGAGUAGUAGAACCCAUUCAUUAUCUUUGCAACAGGGCCAUACAUGGUGAAAUAUAGGUCAUAGAGUGCCUGAGGUCACACAGAAGCCAAAUAUAAUUCAUGUUUCCAAAUUUAGUCCUAUGGAUAUUGAAAGAGUAGAGAAGCAACUAUCAGUAUUUGGGGUUAUUCAAGUGUUUGUUGUAAAAAUGCAGAUGAUUGCCAUUUGCCCCAGGUUUUAUUAACGUCCUACUCCUGGUGGGCUGUCACACAGAUGGUGUCCUGAGCUGCCAUCAGAAAAUGCCACAGUAUCUGACAAAGAUGAAUGAGGCAGAAAAGGUAGGCAAGAGCAAGAUAAGAUCAAGUCAUCUUUAGUCAAAAUGGCAAGUGAACCUCAAAACGUCCAGUUCUGUUGCCAAACUUUCCACUGAAUACAGUCAUGCACCAUAUGGUAACAUUUUGGCCAAUGAUGAGCCACAUAUAUGACUGUGAGCCCAUAAAAUUAUAAUAUAGCCUCAGUGUGUAGGCUGUACUAUCUAGGUUUAUGUAAGAAUACUCUGAUGUAUGUGUAAUAUUGAAAUUGCCUGCUGACACGUUUAUUAGAACGUGUCUCUAUUGUUAAGCAAAAUAUGAAUAUAUUUGAUAGAGUUUGAAUUUGAGCAAAUUGAAUUCCUUCUUCUUAGGUAGAAAGGAUCUGAAUCUUCUACUUUGUAUUUAAAUAUCAUGUUGCUUGGGCUUAGUAAAAAGCGGAACUUCAUUUCAGCUUCCUAAGUCUUUGCUAAAAAGCUCUUCAGAGACAAAUUUAUGCCUGCUCAUGAUGACCCCUGUCUAUUCAUGAUUUUGUAUUAGUAGUUAAUUUUGUCCCUGUCUUAGAAACAUUAAUGCCAAAGUUGCCUGCUAAUUUAAGUAUGUCUUAAUUUGAAGUAUAAAAAGUAGAUGGAAUAAUUCCAAAGGUUUUAUCAGUCUGUGUGAUGGUGUCAAUAUAUCCAGAGAGAUUUCAAGAAAUCAUUUGGAAAUAAAAGGUUAAAUGUUUACAUUUCAUGUGAUAUUUGAGUUCUUAAGGUUCUAAUAAGCUUGCUAAUUUCCUUAUCUUUGACUGCUUUCUACUUUGUAGUUAAAUAAUAAUAGCCCAGAAAUGUUCCUAACAUCCCAAUAAGAAAAAAAAAAAAAAAUCAAAUCAGAUCUAAGUCAGCCUGAUGAGAAAUGAUCACAUGGCACUUUCAGGUUUAAGUAACUUGUUUGCAAAAAGAUGCAGGGAGCUCUAGUUGUGUUGCCCUUGCUAUCUAGCUGGACUCAGAAGGAAUAAUCACAAGCAGUUCAUUAAUCCCAGUUCUUUAUUUUGGCAGGGGAGGUACCAGCGAUUGAAUUUAGGGGCUCUCAACCACUGAACCACAUUUCCAGCCCUAUUUUGUAUUUUAUUUAGAGACAGAGUCUCACUGAGUUGCUUAGCACCUCACUUUUACUGAGACAGGCUUUGAACUUGAGAUCUUCCUGCCUCAGUCUCCUGAGCCCCUGGGAUUACAGGUGUGUGCACCACCGCACCAGCUAAUCACAGUUCUUGGAGAAAAGGCAGCAAGAUAUUUUUCUUAAAUAAAGAUGUCCCCAGAAUCAGUUGAGGUCUCUCUUGGAAUGAAACUGUGCCAUUCUCAGGUUGCUAUGCAGUAAUUAGCACUAGUUCUUUUGCCACCUUUUACUUCUUCCUAGUGAUAGGCCAGAGAAGGUCCCUAGGAUUUUCCUUUGUGUGCACAGCACCUCCCACCCCUAGGGAAUGCUCAGAGGGUACUUAGGAGCCCUGUCCACUCUGCUAUUUCAACUCCUCUAAUAAAUUAUUCAGAGGUAGCAUACCUGAUGCUGCUUUUCAUGGAGAAAAUUGUAUUGGAGAAUAUUAACACUUCACAAAUAUUGUUAAUGAGCUCUGCAGACAUCCAAAGGAGGACCUUGGUCCUUUCCAAGUAUUUCCAACUUAAUUUCAACCCAAAGCCUUUGAAAGAAAUGCACUACCAAAUGGGCACACAGGAGACCCUGUGUCAAAGAAACUUCAAAAGUCUUUUCAUCCAGAUGUCUCCCCAAAACUGGGCAUUCUCAGGAUUGCCCAGGAAGUUAGCCUAAAUCUGUCUUGUUGAUCUCAUUUACUCACGUUCCUUUCAACCCUCUGGAACUCUCCAUGAAAGGAAGCCAAGAGGUUGUCAUUGUUCUGCUUUUGAUUUUUAAAUAGCCUUUGCAUCAACUGUGUACUCACCCCUCCUCCUGCCUGGUCCCAUUUUUCUCAAAAAAGAGUAUUGUGCACAUGUGUGCAUGCUUCCAUAACACAGGUCCAUGAGAGCUAGGUUUCCCAGGUCAGUUGUGUGGCCUGGAAACCAGGGAACAGUGGCUGGUAGUGUGGUUUCUAUGUCAGGUGAAAAUCACAUUUUGUUCUUUUUUUUUUUUUUUUUUUUUUUUGUCCUUUUUAUCUGCAGCAAUUAUUUUAAACUCGUAAAGCUGCCCUUAAAAAGCGAAAGAGUUUCAAAGAUGAGCUGACAAAAAAAAAAAAAAAAUUAGCUCUGUAAUAGGAGCAGUUAUGUGAUGAUUCUGGAACUUUAUCUUAGAGCUUCAUUAAUUUAAACAUAGAAGACACCCUCAAGUUUGAUUUCCCAAAGUUUCCUAAAGCCCCUCAGCUCCUUGCUUGAGAUUGUCAUCAACUCUGCCCACAUAAUAGUCAUUUACCUCCACAGCCAUUUGUUGUCAUGGAAGAGGGUGGUGGUUAGUUUUUGGAUUUGAUUUUUUUUUUUUCAAUUUUCAGUGAGAAAUAGGAUAAGUAGCAGAAACCUUACUUGUUUUCUUAGAACAAUUCAAUGCUUGAGCAUCUCUGUCAGAAAUGGAAUGAUGUACUGUUAGCCAAUUAGAAUUAUUUCAUGUAUUGUUAUUGUGUUUUGCUGAUUUUUAUAUGAAAAUAUAAUUAUUCAUUCUUGAUCUCUGGAAGCAAUCAUUAUUAUGAGGAUCAUUUUACUUUGGAAACACUUUCAUAAUAAAGAUAAGUCUUAAGA